GGACCAAUACGGUGCGCUUUCUCUUUCCAGACGCAGACAGAGAAAGAGAGAGAAGAGAAGAGAAGAGAUCCCAUUUCCAUAUGUGAUCUUUCCCCAUUUCUUCUCUCUCUCUCUAAAAUCUUAUACCAGAAGAAAGGUGGGCUUCUCUUCUCUCCUCCUCAUUGCGAACAACAAGCCUUUUCUAACAGCUUACCACAGCAUCGCAGUUUGGCGGGGUUUUUGGGGUUUCGUUUGAUAUAAAAUUUGAGAUGUAUGCUGAUCGAGAGGACGCUGAGAAUAGGAGGUCGAUAAAGGACCGUCUUAAUGGUAGCUUUAGAGAUUUCGGGUCAAGUUGGUCUAUUCGAGCCAAUAAGACUAGAGAAUGUCGAAGUACUAAUUUCCCUUGAAAUGCUUUGUUUAUUUGCAUUUGAUAUUUUGAGGAAACAAAGGCAAGAUGACAAAUGGGAACAUGAUCUUUAUGAGGAUAAUGAAGCUCAAGUUUCAAAUCGCCAAAUUGAUUCUCGAGAUCUUCGUUUGAAGCUCCAAAGGAAAAAUCAACAAGCAUCUGUAAGUGGAAGAGGGUCUCAUUCAGGCGUGAGAGAUCUUCGUGAAAAGCUUUCUGGUAGUAUGGAUCCACAGCCUGUGAAUUACGAUCCACAUAAGCCUUCACUGGAGGCCGCCAAGCCAACCAGGAGAAGUGUUGCUGUUGCAGUUGCACCGGAGAAUAGAAAGGUUGCCAAUUCAGCUGCUAAGAAGAAGGCCCCACAAAAGGCAAGUACAUCAGUGGAUGGCUUUCUCUUUCUUUAUCUAAUACUCUUUUGUCAAUUCUUGUGUGCCAAUGCGACCCUCCGAUCCGCCAUCGGAGAAGAAGAAUUCUCCGAGGAGUUGCUGCUGAGACCUUUACCAGAUCGAAAGAUUCUUGCCCACUUCCAUUUCGGAAUUAGUGCUCCGCCAAUCAGCUCCAAUGGCCACCACCACCAUCUGUUCCCCAAAGCUAUAUCUCAGCUGGUUAAGAAAUUUCAACUUAAGGAAAUGGAAUUGUCUUUCACACAAGGUCGCUGGAACUAUGAAAGCUGGGGUGGUUUUGACCCCAUACCAAGCAAUAAUGCCAAACCUCCUGGAGUUGAGUUAUGGGCUGUCUUUGAUGUUCCUCAACAUCAAGUUGAUGCUUCAUGGAAGAAUCUAACUCAUGCUCUUUCUGGUCUGUUUUGUGCUUCCAUCAACUUUUUAGAAUCUUCAACCUCUUAUUCUGCUCCUCAAUGGGGAUUUCGGUCGGCUUCAGGGAGUCUGAGAUACGGUACUUUGCCAAGGGAGGCUGUUUGUACUGAGAAUCUUACACCUUGGCUCAAGCUUCUUCCUUGUCGAGACAAAGCUGGGCUUGCUGCAUUAAUGGAUAGACCGUCUAUUUACAAAGGAUUUUAUCAUUCGCAGCGUUUGCAUUUGACCUCAAAUGAAUUUGAUUCGAAUGGUGUAGAUUCAGGCAUCCUACUUGAGCAAACACUUACAGUUGUUCUGCAGCCUCAUGAGAGGAGAACCCUUAUAACUUCCCAGGAAACAAAACCGCAACCAAGUUGGUCUUUGACUACAAUUUUUGGGAGGGAAGUCAAUGGAAGAUGUGUUCUUGCUAAGUCCAGUAAUGUAUAUCUUCAACUUGAUGGGGGUCUAGUUGCUGAACUGGAUAAGCUUCCGAAAGAAAAUGAAAUUUCUGUUGCUGAUGAUAUAGUUUAUGAAGGUUUGAGGAGUAGUCCUGGAUUUCAAUUGUCUGUGAAGCCUGACAGGGUACUGGAGGAAGUUGUUGGCUCCUAUAAGAGUAACCCUUCACUUCUGUAUGUAUAUUCGGUUGAGAAGUAUAGCGAAUCAGAGCCAUUUGAUUUGGGCCUAACAUGGAAGCUUCCUGUUGUUUGGUCAUGUCAGCAAGCACCAUUACAUGCUAGUAGAUUCUUAAUGGGAAGUGGGAAUGAAAGGGGUGCUAUUGCUAUAUCCUUCAAACCCACUGGAUUGAAUGGGAAUCUAUUGCAUUUCGAUACAACAAAAGAGAGUUGCAAAUUGCAGGUUAAGAUUUUCCAAGUAGUGCCUUGGUAUAUCAAGGUGUAUUAUCAUACACUACAAGUAUUUGUUGAUGAACAACCACAAACAGUUUCAGAUUCUGUUGAGAAGAUGCACGUUUCGCCUUCUGAAGACAAGGUGUCACCUGGGUCGAUGGAGAUGUUACUAAAGCUCCCUUGUGCCAUGAAAUCAGCUGUUGUAACUCUAGAAUUCGAUAAGGGAUUUUUGCAUAUUGAUGAAUAUCCACCAGAUGCUAAUCAGGGAUUCGAUAUCCCGUCGGCCCUAGUAAGCUAUCCAGAUUUCCAAGCAAGCAUACACUACAUUGAAGAUAAAUCUUUGGAGACCUUACCUAUUUUAGCAAAACUUCAGGAAAACAGUACUGUUCUGUCUUACACAGAAGUAUUACUUGUCCCUUUAACCACUCCAGAUUUUAGCAUGCCAUACAAUGUCAUCACCAUUACAUGCACAGUUUUCGCCUUAUAUUUUGGAUCUUUACUAAAUGUACUCCGUCGUCGCGUUGCUGAAGAAGAGAGAUUUUUAAAGAACAAAGAUUCGAAGAAAGCCAGCCCCAUAUCUCGGUUCUUAUCAAAGUUGUCUUCCAAGAUUACAGGAAGACCGUUAAAAACAGCAGAGUCACCUUCCACAAAAUCGUCUUUCUUCAGUUCAAAGCUCAUACUCAAAAUUAUAUUAGUGGCUGGAAUUGCUGUUGUUUGGAAAUUCUAUUUGGAAUGAUGUCAUCAGUAAACUUGUGUACAUUAGGAACCAGCUAAUUUUACAAGUAGGCUACACACUGAGAUUCCAAAUUCACUUUGAAAGUAUUUUAUUUCACUUUCAGUUUUGACAAUCUCAAACUCUAAGAGAACUUUCAAUCUUCAUUCAACUCAUUAGAGAACUCACGAUCAGAGUACUUGUACACAAUGUCAUUACACAAAUUUUUACAAAUUUUCUGUAUGGAACUCUCACAAUUUACAAUAGGAAUAAUGUUUGAAAAAUUAAAAAUAAUAAAAGUUGAAUUCAUCUGA